AUGGCGCCGGCCAAAGCCACCCUACCGCAGGCCGUGGUCAAGCCGAAGCCCUUCGCGACGAAGGAGGCGCGCCUCAAGCUCUUCGGCGGCGGGUCCGCGCCGGCGUCGCCGGCCGGCGGCACCCGGCCGACGUCGCCCUUCGGGUCGCCGGACCACGAGCUGCCGAGCAACCACGGCUCCCAGGGCAAGUACGGCAAGCGCUUCGACCGCGUCGCGCGGACCUUCGACGAGGCGGGCAUCGCCGCGCGCGCGGAGCGGCGGAAGCGCGCGCAGCUCCGGUUCAAGAUGGUCUUCGACCUCGUCGGCGCGGUCCAGGCCUUCAAGCCGUCGACGGCGGCCGUCGCCAAGGAGCGCGAGGCCCUCGAGGGCUUCGCGACGGCGGGCCGCCGGUCCCUGCGGCUGCCGGACAUCCCCGAGCCCGCGCUGCGGACGCCGCGGAGCCGGCUCCGGAACUCCGUGAUCUGCGAGGUCUGCAACGAGCCGACCUGCGACGACGGCGGCCACGAGCUCGAGCCGCGCCUGCUCUGCGGCUACUGCCCCAACGUCGCCCACGCGCGCUGCGUCUCCGCCGCGGGCCUCGACUGGGGCGACGCGGAGAAGCCCGGCGCGCGCCGCUGCUGCCACAUCUGCAGCGGCAACCUGCGGGACGCCGUGGCGCUGCGGCUCAAGGCCUUCGACGACGCGCGGUCCGACUACCGCACGGGCAUGGCCAACGACAUCCUCACGCGCGCGGUCCGCGCGUGGCUCUCCGCGAAGCGGUUCCAGGAGCGGAAGCGGCGGGUCAUCAAGGCCCAGUCCGUCGUGCGGCGCUACCUCUGCCGCUCCAAGUUCCGGCUCCAGCGGGGCCUCUUCAAGCGCGCCAUCGCCGUGCGCCUCCAGGACGUCGUCGUGUCGUCGCUCGAGCCGCCGCCGGAGAACUGCAGUCUCCACGCGAUCCUGUCCGUGCUCGACCACACGCAGCGCCUCACGCUCUUCUCCUUCGACAUCGACGAGUGCCCCCUGGCGCCGAAGCGCGCGCCGGACCGCGCGACGCCCAAGGCGCGGCGGCGCGCGUCGAACGCGGGCGGCCGGCGGCAGACGACGGCGGACGCGCAGGCCGAGCUCGAGGAGGCGCGCGAGGAGCUCAAGCGGCUCCGCGCGAAGACGCCCUUCGCGACGUCGCGCGCGGCCUUCCACGUCGAGAACGUGCUGCCCGGGUCGACCUACGACGUGACGAUCGUCUACACGGUCUUCCUCAAGACGCGGUCCGGCGUCGAGGGCCGCAUGGAGAUCACGCACCUGUUGGGCCAGGGCGCGCACCACAUCCGGGGCACGCCCGAGGAUUUGCAGCGCUUCGACGGGUCCCGGGGCGCGCGCGAGUGGCUCGCGGUGGAGCUCAAGCCCCACAUGCGCUACCCGCUCCGCGACCAGAGCCGCGAGGAGAUGCGCGCGAUGGUCGCGGGCGUCUACCGGGGCUACGUCAAGGCCGAGCUCAAGGUCCAGGUCGAGGGCCUGAACAGCCUCUACAACAUGUGCACCUGGCUCGAGGCGCCCCACUUCGAAACUCUAAAAAAGUCGGAGGGCGCCGCGUCCGCCGCGAGCUCCAAGGGCGGCCGGAAGCAGCUCUGGUGGGCCAUGCUCUGCAACGGCAUGUUCCAGCUCUACACGAGCCAGGGCGACGUCCAGGCGCGCGUGUCCCUGCUCGCGCACCGGGCCGUCGUCGACUACGAGCGCCUCGCGAAGUCGCACGGCUUCGCGAUGACGCUCCCGGACCGGCGGACGUGGUCCUUCGCGCCGCUCUCGAAGCACGAGGCGGGCAACUGGAUCUUCGGCUUCGAGUACUGGCGCCUCAAGCACGCCCACGGCCACGCCGCGGCAUUGGGCCUCCUCUGCGCGCCGACGCCGAAGCACGACGGCCGCGGCCACCACGGCCACCACGCCCACGGCCACCACGGCAAGCGCAUGUCCGCCGCGGAGCACCGGCGGCGGUCCCUCGCGGGCGCCGGCCCGAGCGCGCGCUCCAUGGUCGCGGCCGGCGACGGCGACGCCGCGCCGGCCGACCAGGCGCGGCUCUCGCUCGGCGCGCUCUCCGCCGUCGCCGCGGCCAUCGUCCCCGGCGGCGGCGGCUCCCGGCGCGGGUCCACGGCGAGCCUGUCGCGGUUGUGGCGGUCCCACCAGGACGUCCAGCCGCCCGACGAGCCCGACGCCAUCGUCGUCGACCCAAGGGGCUGCCCCAUGCGCGGGCUGCGCCUCGUGCUCGCCGCUGCCGCGGCGCGCGCGCGGGUCGUCGUCCACGUGUCGAGCUACGGCCGCCGCGCGGAGAAGGUGCGCACGACGCUGUCGUCGCUGCUGGACCAGACGCACCCGCCGGACAUCGCCUACCACUCGCACGCCUGCCGCGACGCCGCCCGGAGCCAGCGCCUCGGCUGCGGCUGGCGGUCCGUGGACUCCGCGGCCUGGCGGCGGCUCUGCGGGUCCAACUGCUCCGACGACGGCCGCGGCGGCCCCUUCGCGGUCCCGUCCAAGGUCCGCGAGAUCGCCUACACGGCCGAGGACCGCGGGCCGACCAUGCGCGUCCUCGCGCUCCUCGGGCCCGCGCGCGCCGGCGAUCUCCGCGACGGCGACCUCGUCGUCGUCGCCGACGACGACAAGCUCUACGCGCCGGACGUGCUCGCGCGCCUCGGUGCCUUCGCGGGGCCGCGCCGCGCCGUCGGCUGCCGGGGCUGGACCUACCCCCGGGGCCACGCGACGCUCGACGAGCUCGCGCACUCGACCUACGGCUACGCGGCCAUGCGCUACGAGAACCGGGGCCGCCGCGUCGCGGGCAACGGCACGCGCGUCCGCGUGCUCGCCGGCUCGGACGCGUACGCGUUCCGCUGGAGCCGCUGCGUGCCGGAGACCGUCGGCCGGCUGCUGGACGCCCUCGACGCCGACGAGCGCUUCUUCGACGACCCGAUCAUCUCCUCCGCGCUCCGCGACUGCGGCGCGGAGCUGCUCGUCGUGCCCUGCGGCGAGGAGCCCAUCAACCGCGAGGACGCCGUCGGCGACUACGAGGCCGCGCCGGUCGGUCGGAGCGCGACGCUCGACCGGCGGGACGCCCUCAACAUCGGCGUCUACAAGAAGCUCUUCUUCGACCGCCGCCGCAAGGCCGCGCCGCGCUGA